AUGCCUCUGGAGGCGCAGGACGCGCUGUACGUGGCGCUGGAGCUGGCCAUCGCCGCGCUCUCGGUGGCGGGAAACGUGCUGGUCUGCGCCGCGGUGGGCACGUCGAGCGCGCUGCAGACGCCCACCAACUACUUCCUGGUGUCCCUGGCGGCGGCCGACGUGGCCGUGGGGCUGUUCGCCAUCCCCUUUGCCAUCACCAUCAGCCUGGGCAUCUGCACCGACUUCUACAGCUGCCUCUUCCUCGCCUGCUUCGUGCUGGUGCUCACCCAGAGCUCCAUCUUCAGCCUGCUGGCCGUGGCCAUCGACCGGUACCUGGCCAUCCGCGUCCCGCUCAGGUAUAAGAGUCUGGUCACUGGGACCCGAGCAAGAAGAGUCAUUGCUCUCCUCUGGGUCCUGGCCUUUGGCAUUGGACUGACUCCAUUCCUGGGGUGGAACAAGAAGGACAAUACCAAAAACUGCACACAGCCUCUGGGUGGAACCACCAAUGAAAGCUGCUGCCUUGUGACGUGUCUUUUUGAAAAUGUGGUCUCGAUGAGCUAUAUGGUGUAUUUCAAUUUCUUCGGAUGUGUCCUGCCCCCACUUCUCAUCAUGCUGGUGAUCUAUAUCAAGAUCUUCACAGUAGCCUGCAGGCAGCUUCAGCGCACUGAGCUGAUGGACCACUCAAGGACCAUCCUCCAGAGGGAGAUCCAUGCAGCCAAAUCUCUGGCCAUGAUUGUCGGAAUUUUUGCCCUAUGCUGGCUACCAGUACAUGCCAUCAACUGUAUUACUCAUUUUCAGCCAGCUCAGGCUCCUGCUAAACCCAAAUGGGCAAUGAACAUGGCCAUUCUUCUGUCACAUGCGAACUCUGUUGUCAAUCCCAUUGUCUAUGCCUACCGGAACCAAGACUUUCGCUAUACUUUUCACAAACUCAUUUCCAGGUAUGUUCUCUGCCAAACAGAUGUCCUCAAAAGUGGAACUGGGCAAGCCAGCACGCAGCCUUCUCUAAGUGUGGGUCUAUGACACAGGCUCUGGCCUUUUCAAGGAGAAGGCACAAAUUUACCAUAGACAAAAGGACAGAACAUGACUGGUGGAUUCUCAUUGUGAAAGAGAGUUCCACCUCACAAAGCUGCCUUUUGAGCACCACCCUGGACUUACCACUAUCUCGUUAAUAUGUACAUGUUAUUAGUAGGCUUCAAGGGUUGGCAAAUGUAUUUAUGGUUUAUUUGGCUGCUCUUACUAUGUGGAACAUAUUGAUGGCUUGAAAAGAUUGUAUAAGACUCGUUUUUUAAAAGCCUCUUACAUGAUAAAAAAUGAUAAACUAUUUUACU